AGCAAGAAGCAGACGUACGUUGUAAACAAGAAGAGAAGAACUGGAAUAAAUUCACAUUAUUAUGACACAAAAUAAACCAAUUAAAGUCGGUAAAGGUGUUGAAAAAAGGAAAGAUGCAGGAGCUUUACCUACGAAGGUUGUGAUGAGAAGGUUACCACCUAGUCUUACCCCGGAGUCUUUAAUUGAACAGAUAUCACCACUGCCCGAACAUGACUUCUUUUAUUUUGUUAAAGCUGACAUGAGUCUUGGAAUCAAUGCAUUCACUAGAGCAUAUAUCAACUUUAUGAAUCCAGCAGAGAUAUUUAACUUCAGAGACAAGUUCGAUGGAUAUGUUUUCAUCGAUGGUAAAGGAAAUGAAUAUCCUGCAAUUGUGGAGUUUGCCCCAUUCCAGAAAGUUCCAAAAAGGAAAACAAAGAAACCUGAUUCUAAGAAAGGAACAUUGGAACAAGACGCAGAUUACCUAAAAUUCAAGGAGAUGUUGGAAUCUCCAGGAAACGAUGAUCCCAAGACAAUAGAUGAGUACCUAGAGGAACUAGAGGCCAAAGAGAAGGAAAUGAAAUCAAACCAUGGCUGUGUAAAAACAUCAACUCCUUUGAUUGAGUAUCUAAAGAAGCGCAGAGAAGAGAAAAGGGCAAAUAUUUUGAAAAUACAGGAAGAACGCAAAAGAAGGGAACAAGAAAAACGAAGACUAAGAGAGGAAGAAAGGAGAAGAAGGAGAGAAAGGGAAAGAGAUAAAGAAAGAGAUAGAGGAAAGGACAAAGACAAGGAUAAGGCAUCUAGCAGUGACUCAUCUGUGAAGCUAUUAAAAAAUCCUGACAGAGAUGAGAAACAAGACAAACCAUCUUCUGCAAGGGGAGAGUCAAAAUCUGUCAGAGAUGAUGACGCCAAGCGAAAAGAGAGGGAAAAGCUUCGUUUCUCAAAAGAAAACAGAGAGAAGAUGAAAAAUGAAAAAUCUAUCGCAAAUCAGGACCGUCCAAAAUCUGGAAGAGGAUUUAACAAGGAAGUAGGAGAAAGCAGAAGAGACAGGCAGGAGUCUGACAGACGCCCAGAUACUGGAAGACGACAGGAGAAAAGUGGAAGGGAGGAGAAGAAGUAUGGAAGAGAUCGUAACUGGGAGAGUGAGAGAGAUAGACAGAAAGAAAAAAGGAAUACAGAGAGAGGAAGCAGUACAAAAAAGGAUGCUGAGAAGAAAUGUUCAGGAAAAGGAGAGGACAUAAGCUCAAAAGACAAGGAACCUGAACCCUCGAAAUCUUCCUCCACAACAAAAGAAACCGGGGACAAAGACAAUGUGCCGGAGAGAAAGAUUUCAGCAGCUAGUCGUGAGGGGGAGGAGGUGGUUGAUUCCACCGAUGACGCGGAGAGUUCCAAGAACUCCUCUAGUAGGCGUGGUAGCCGUGACACAGACAAACAGCUGGCGGGCGUAGACAUUGACUCUAGUGACACCAAGUCAGAAAUUUCCGUAGAUUCUGCUGGAGAGGACGGCAAACUGAAAAGCAGAAAGUUGGAGAAAUCACGCAGCAAAGAUGAUCUUGAUGACAAGAAAAAGAAAAGAAGGGACAGACCUGAGCGUGAAAUAUAUGACCCACGAAAGGCAGCAGAGAGAAGAAGAGCAGCAGGGGAACCCAGGCAAAGAGAUGAAAAGGAGAAACCAAAAAAGUAUAAUUCAGAUGAAAGACAAGGGGAGGAAACUCCACGUGGGGAAUCUCAGGAUUCGCCCAGAGAUUCUGAGGAGAGAGUUGACUCUCGGCCAAGCUCUAGUGAAGGCAGUAGGAGGAGAGACAAAGACAAAAGGGAAAAGGAAACAAGACCCUCUCCAGAAGUCAGUGAAUCCAGAGUGAGUGAACUGGAGGAGGAGAGUAAUGCUAAUAACAAUGCUGCUACAAGUGAGAGCGCCGAGAAAGUGAAGGAGGAGGAAGAUGUUGGAUCGUCAGUGGAUCCGAUCAAUGUCGGGGAGAAUACCGGGGGAGGGGCUGAAGAGCCAGAAAAACAGAAGGCACCAGGGACAGAAACGUCCGUGUCUGAAGAAAACGUGGUGGAAGACGAACUUUCUGUUGAUUAACUGAUUCAUGCUCAUGUGAUUGCAAGAAUUUUCAUGUACAAGUAUAUAAACUGUACAUGUAUAUAUACUUUAAUAAUGAAAAGGGUGUGUGAAAUAUCCAUGAUGCCUAUGUGUUUUGAUACAAGAGUUGCUUGUGAUGUGAAAUAUGUAGUCAGUCGAAUUGUAUUGACUUUAAAGUACAUGUGUUAUGUUUUCAACAAAAAAUGUUAAAACAGAAGGGCAACUACGGUAUUAAUAUUGAAAAAAAUGGGGAAAAAGAUAUUGAUACAUUUGUAAAUGUACAACAUGUACCGGUAUACAGAAUAAUGACUGCAGAAUAAAAAUGGAAUUUUA